AUGCGCAGUACUGCCUUUGUGUGGCUGACUGCAGAGCCAACUAGCUCGAAAGUAGCAUCGGCUAGCCUCAAACAUUUAGACGACACCGAGGUAGCUAGCAGGUUAGCCGUGCAGCUAAUCAUGGUGAAUGUAAAGAAGCGGAAAGGUCGAGUCGUAAUUGACUCGGACUCCGAGGACAGUGCUAGCGACGAUAAUUUAGAUCAGGAGCUCUUGUCUUUGGCGAAGAGGAAGAGGGUUGAUUCGGGGGAUCAGGAAGAGCCGGUUAGCAAACCUGCCGCGUCUACAGACUCCGAGACAUCGGAUAGUGAUGAUGAGUGGACUGUGGGUGGCACCAAAGGCAAAAAGAAGGUUAAGCCAGGGAAAGGGUCGGAGAAGAAGAACGCUACUAAGAAGAAGGUUCAUAAAACAACGGCGUCUGGCAGCUCCGAUGGCGACAGCUCAGCAGAGAGCUCUGCACCGGAGGAAGGCGAGGUGUCCGACUCGGAGAGCAACAGCUCGUCCUCCAGCUCCGACUCGGACUCGUCUGAGGACGAGGUGUUCAGGGACGGCUACGACGACGACCUGAUGGGAGACGCCGAGGACAGAGCUCGGCUGGAGCAGAUGACUGAGAAGGAGAGAGAACAAGAGCUGUUCAACAGAAUCGAGAAGAGGGAGGUGCUCAAGAGACGUUUUGAAAUAAAGAAGAAGCUGAAGACGGCAAAGAAGAAGGAGAAAGAGGAGAAGAAAAAGAAGCAGGAGGAGGAGCAAGAGAAGAGGAAGCUAUCUCAGGUUCAAGACACACAAGUGGUCAUGUCACACAACAAGGAGAGACGAUCCAAACGCGACGAAAAACUUGACAAAAAGUCCCAGGCCAUGGAAGAGCUCAAAGCUGAACGCGAGAAGAAGAAAAACAAAACAGCGGAGCUGCUGGCCAAACGUCAGCCCCUGAAGACGAGCGAGGUCUACUCCGACGACGAGGAGGAAGAGGAGGAGGACGAUGACAAGUCGUCAGUCAAAAGUGAUCGGAGUUCCCGUUCGUCGUCCUACGAUGACGACGAAAAAGAAGAAACCCCACCCAAGUCGCAGCCCGUUUCACUACCAGAUGAGCUCAACCGGGUCCGCCUGUCCAGACACAAGCUGGAGCGUUGGUGCCACAUGCCCUUCUUUGCUAAGACUGUGACUGGCUGCUUUGUGAGGAUAGGGAUUGGGAACAGCAGCAGUAAACCCGUAUAUAGGGUUGCUGAAAUUGUGGAUGUGGUAGAGACGGCAAAGGUUUACCAACUUGGAUCAACGCGAACAAACAAGGGAUUACAAUUGAGGCAUGGCGGAGACACGCGCGUGUUCAGGCUUGAGUUUGUAUCGAAUCAGGAGUUCAUGGACAACGAGUUCAUGAAGUGGAAAGAGGCCAUGAUUGUUGCUGGAAUGCAAGUACCGACUCUUGAUGAAAUCACCAAAAAGGAGCAGUCCAUCAAAGAAGCUCUCAAUUAUAAGUUCAAUGACAAAGACAUAGAGGAUAUUGUUAAAGAGAAGGACCGAUUCCGGAAAGCGCCGCCCAAUUAUGCCAUGAAGAAAACGCAGUUGCUCAAAGAUAAGGCCAUGGCAGAAGAGAGUGGCGAUGGCGACAAAGUGAAAGUGAUCCAGGAUGAGCUGAACGAGCUUGAGGAAAGGGCAGAAGCACUCGACAGACAGAGGACCAAGAACAUCUCUGCCAUCAGCUACAUCAACCAGAGGAACAGAAGCUGGAACAUCGUUGAAUCUGAGAAAGCUCUUGUGGCUGAAGGACAAAAUGCCAAAAACCAACAAAUGGACCCGUUCACACGAAGACAGUGCAAACCCACCAUGGUGUCCAAUGCCAGAGACCCGUCAGUCCACGCAGCUAUUCUUGCUCACCUGAACCAGAAGUACGGCUCGGGGUCAACACCAGAUGCACAAGGCGCCGACAAGAACAAACUGGGUCUACCAAACUCAAAAGACAAAGAUGGCCCCAAGCCAAACACUGACCUCUCAGAGGACUUGUUUAAAGUUCACGAUUUUGACGUUAAGAUUGACCUACAGGUUCCCAAUGCCGAAGCAAAGUCUUUGUCCGUGAGUUCCAACGCGCUGCCGGUGAAAGACGGCGCUCCCCGCAGGUCCCUCAACCUGGAAGACUACAAGAAGAGAAGGGGGCUGAUCUGAUGUGCUAGGCCAUCAUUCAGUAACCACAUUGCAUGUGUAAUUGGCUGUGCAAGAGAGAGAAAGUGUGUGGCUGUGGGAAGAGAACGUGGAUGUGUGUGUGUGGACGUGGGUUUGAAUGUUGAUUCCACAGACUGUUUAUCCAAACAGAGCAAAUACUGAUUGAGAAAAGACGACCCUUUUCUCAAAGGAUCUCGGAAGAAACUUGUCCAGAUAUUUGUUGUUUUUGUUAUUUUUGCAUUAUCACACAAAAUUGAGUUGUGUAUUUUUUUUUUUUAUGUAUUUAACUUUUUUCCCCCCACUCUUUUGGAUCUUCUGGAAAUCCACUUUUUUUUUUCUUUUUUUUUUCUGAAAGGAUGCAGCGCUUGUGGACUAUUACUAUUGAACAAGGACACUAUCUUAGAAGACUUAGAUUGUUGAGGCAUUUUGAAAUUAUUGGAUUUCUAAUGGAGCUGACCAGCUUGUCCUCACCAAUAAAUAAUUACUGUUGUAAAUCCCCCCCCUCCCUUCCUACAUGUGAUCAUCUGCCCUCAGUCCAUCCUGAAUUUUUAACAGCGUCGUGAUUUUUUUGUAGAUCACCAUCUCUGACUCGACCGUGACGCCGGCCCUACAUGGCAAAUGUGAAAAAGUUCAGUUUGUGUUAACUGGACACGUAUCACUUUUUAAGUCUUUGAAACGACCCGUUUUAAGAGGAACCCUUUUCUAUGACUGGCCUGGUUAUAAAAGUGUUGCUUCAUUUCUGUUAUCUCUUUGUUGAUUGUUCGAGGGGUAACUCCCCUGCCCUUACCUCCCAGAGCAGAUUCUAUGUGUUAUUGAUUGUGUCCAUAGUCAGUUUAUGUAUCGAUGUGGCAUGCCAUGUAAAUAUGCAUUUUGGAGUGAGUGCGGAAAAAAAUAAAGAGGCACUGUUUCAUAAA